AUGAAUGUUGUUUACUUGUUGUUUUGUUUCUUUGGACGCUUAGGCACGAGGAGCAACCCGUCCAAGAUCUCCCAGACGGAGCCCGAGUUCGCGGAGCCCAUCCAGAAUAUCACCGUGCCCGCCGGACGUAAGGUUACUCUGGCCUGCGUGGUGGACAACCUCAACAACUACAGGGUCGCCUGGAUGUUCGUGGAGAAGUUUACGCUGCUGACGCUGGCCAAGAGCGUGAUCACGCACAACUCGCGCUUCAAGGUGACACACAACGGACACCGCACCUGGCACCUGCACAUCCACGACGUCCAGGAGCGCGACAGGGGGGCCUACAUGUGCCAGAUCAACACGUCGCCCAUGAAGUCGCAGAUCGGAUACCUCAACGUCGUUGUGCCGCCCAAGAUCGACGAAGAGAACACGAGUUCAGACACCGAGGUCCGAGAAGGCGGGGACGUGGCACUCAAGUGCAUCGCCAAGGGCACGCCGGAACCGGAAAUCACCUGGAGGAGGGAAGACGACCAGGACAUCGCGUUCGGCCGCGAGAAAGUGUCGUCGGUGAAGGGAACCUGGCUGAACAUCACCAAGGUGUCACGCCUGCACAUGAGUGCCUACCUCUGCAUCGCCUCCAACGGCGUGCUGCCCUCUGUCAGCAAGCGGAUAAUCCUCGAGAUCAGCUUCGCCCCGAUGAUCUGGAUCCCGAACCAGCUGGUGGGCGCGAGCGUGGAGACGGACGUGACGCUGGACUGCAACCUGGAGUCUCACCCCAAGUCGGUGACGUACUGGACCCGUAACACAGACACCAUCAUCCACCAGAACGCCAAGUACUCGGUGCUCACCGUUCAGCACGCCAUGUACAAGGUCCAGAUGCAGCUCGUCGUCAGGAGGCUCAAGCCUGAAGACUUCGGCGAGUACCACUGUGUCGCCAAGAACUCCCUCGGCGAGACGGAAGGCACCAUUAAGCUCUACGAGAUUCCCGCAAGCUCUUCAUCCACGUCGCAUUCUCCGGAGGCCUUCCGCGCCAAAUCCGAAAAACUCCGCAACGGCCAGAUGCGGAACUCCUUGACCAGACCCCACGACAGAGCGAUUCCGACGACGAGGCCACGUGACCUGUCGGAGUUGUCGACGGAUCAACGGCCCUCCUACACCCCCGCCGUGGUGAAACUCGGAGCGCUACUUUCAAUGGAGUUGGGUGAAAAAAACGUUGUGGGUCUCGUACGGCAGACAACUGUGGAACUGUAUACGAGGAUUUCCAAAGCCAUGGCAACGCCGCAUGCCCCAGCCCUCUUCCAUCGACACUACUUCUAG